AUGAGCGACGGCGCCGCCGUCAUCGUCCCGGUUCCGUCCCCGACGGAGAAAACCUUCCGCGCCUUCACCCAGGCGCAAGGCGCAUCCUAUGCGCGAGGCCGGCCGGGCUACCACCACUCCCUCUACGACCAGAUCUGCGACCACCACACCUCGACGGGCGGGAAGCUCGACACCCUCCUCGACGUCGGCUGCGGCCCGGGCACCGUCGCCCGCGAGCUAGGCCCGCGAUUCGCAAGGGUCAUCGGCAUGGACCCCGCCGAGGGCAUGAUCGCCGCCGCCCGGGCCCUCGGCGGCGUCUCGUCCACCUCGGAGCCCAUCCGCUUCGAGGUCUCCGCCGCCGAGGACCUAGGGUCGGCCCUUGACCCGUCCAUCCCCGACGCCAGCGUCGACCUCAUCACCGCCGCCACCGCCGCCCACUGGUUCGACAUGCCUGGCUUCUGGGCCGCCGCCGCCCGCGUUCUCAAGCCCGGCGGCUCCGUCGCCAUCUGGAACGGCAGCGCAAAGUACGUCCACCCCGCCACGCCUAACCUCCAGCGCCUGCAGGAGACCCUGCUCGCCUUCCGCCAGGAGCACCUGGUGCCCUACAUGGCGCCCGGGAACCACGUCGGCGACUCCCUGUACGCGACCCUGCCCCUGCCGUGGACGCUCGAGACGCCCGUGGCCGAGUUUGACAAGGACACCUUCUUCCGGAGGGACUGGAACAAGGACGGCGUGCUGACGCCGGGCGACGAGCACUUCCUGGGCCAGCAGGUCUUCGGCCUGAACGACAUUGAGAAGUUUCUCGAGACGGUGAGCCCGGUCCUGCGGUGGCGCGAGGCGCACCCCGGCGCCGUCGGCACGGAGCGGGACGUGAUCAAGAUGCUGAGAAAGGAGAUUGAGACGUUGCUCUCCGAGGCCGGGGUCGAGAAGGGCAAGGAGGCCAUCAUCACCAGCGUCUCGGCGGUGCUUCUGAUGGUGAAAAAGAAGGCGUAG